UUUAAAUCAGAGCGUGAGCAGGAAUAUUCCAGUAGCUGUGGGGUUACUAACUUGUAGUUGGCAGCAGGCGUCCUCAAGUUUAAUGUCUUCCCCUUGGUGUCGGUCGGAUGCCAGUUUGAAGGAUGAUCUCUACUUGGCACUUUCCAUGGGAGGCAUAUGCAAUAUUGAAUGUUUGUUGUAUGAGAACCAUGGUGUGAUCAAAGUAUAAAUAAAUUGGAGGAUACCAGGAUUGAAAAGACAUGGACAAGAUUUUGGAAGCUAUGAUGUUGUCCCGCCAUCCAACUUCUGUAAAGCAUGUGCUUGUAAGACGUAUUUUAGAAGCAGCAAAAGAACCUCUCAACAGUAAACAGUGCAUAGCCAUGUUUGAGUUGUCGACAAAGUUCAUCCUGUUGGGUGAUACACAAUUCAAAAAGGAUGUGGGCAAGGAGGUUCUCGAAGCUUUUGCCCAGAACCACACUGCAGAUUUUGAGGAUUUUUUUAAUGUAAAAUUUAUCUUGAAGCUCCUGCAAGAUGGUUAUGGAACAUUGAGCAAAAGAAGCAUUGAAAUUUUAGAGUACAUUCAGCUAGGAUUAAAAUAUAUUCAGGAUGAUGUGUCUGCUGAUGAAGUAUUUCAUGUCCUUCAGAUUGAGCUUCUCCGCAUAGUGUGUGAGAAACCCAGAUCAAAGUUGUGUGCCUGCAUUAGUAAAAUUCUUGCUGAAUAUCCUCAGUGCAUUCCUAGUGGAAAGUUCCAAGUGGUGUUCUGUCAGCAACUUGUUAGAAGUAUAGGGCAAUUCCAAUGCGGAUCACAAGAAGAAGAUGAAAUCGUGGAAUUCCUGGAUGAAGUAAACAAAGUAAGCGGGCUGUUGCAUAGAAUCUGGCGGACACAAACUGCAGCUAUAAUUCCAUCCUUGCGGGAGCUGUUCACUGUUAUUUCAUCAACUGAUGAAUCUGAUGGGCCAUCAAAUGCAUUGGCCACUGUGGUCCAGUAUGUUCCAUUGGAAAUCAUGGAUGGGGUCAUUCAAAACUUGACGAAUGAUGAUUGCAUCAUAGAUGUGGAGAUGAUGACUGCUUUAACCAAUAUGAUUGAUUGGCUUUCAUGGCCAUUAGCCAAAAACAUAGAUAAGUGGAUUAUUGGCUUACUGAAAGGUUUGGCUGCUGUGAAAAAGUUCAGCAUUUUGAUUGAAGUCACACUUUCAAAAAUUGAACAGGUGUUCUCAAGGCUAUUUUACCCAAUUGUAAGAGCAGGAGCACUUGCUGUGCUGAAAUACAUGCUUUUAAGUUUUCAACAUUCACCGGAAGCUUUCCAUGUGCUUGUUCCUCACAUUCCCAAAUUAAUGGUGUCACUCUCUAAAGAAGAGUCCAACUCUGGUAUAAGCUGUCGGCAACAACUGUCUGAAUUAGUACACUGCAUGAUCUUCCGGUUUUCAGGCUUCCCUGACCUAUAUGAACCUGUCAUAGAGGCACUUAAGGACUUUCCAAUUCCAAAUGAAGAAAAAAUAAAGCAGCUACUCAAUCAGAAUGCCUGGACGUCACAAAAAAAUACACUGGAACCUUUGUAUCCAAGACUUACUGCAAAAUCAGAUACAGGAAAGACAGGACUGGCUAAUCUUGGCAAUACCUGCUACAUGAACAGUGUCAUUCAGGCCCUUUUCAUGGCUUCUGACUUCAGGCAUGCUGUAAUGCUACUCAAGGAGAGUGAUUCACAGUCAUUAAUGAUGAAACUUCAAUGGUUAUUUGCUUUCCUGGAGCACAGUCAGAGACCUGCCAUCUCUCCCAGUAGUUUCUUGAAAGCUUCAUCUCCUCCAUGGUUUAAUCAAGGGGCGCAACAAGACUGUUCAGAGUAUUUAAGAUAUCUAUUGGACAGGCUACAUGAAGAAGAGAAGACUAGGAAAGGAACUUCAUAUGGACAGAGACAUUCAGGCAUUGAAACUCGUAUAGAAGGUCAAGAUCCAGGGAAAACAUUAAUAGAAAGAAUGUUUGGUGGGAAGAUGGUGACUAGGAUCCUUUGUCAUUGUUGUUGUAAUGUUUCCUUCCGAGAGGAAGCUUUUACAGAUCUUUCCCUUGCAUUUCCACCACCUAACAAGGUUCUACAAAGGUGUGAUCAUUCAACUGACCCUAAUAUUACAAUGAAGAUUACUGGUGCAGAUAAUUUGGCAUCACAAGUUGAGCAACAACACAUGACUGCUAAAUCUCCAAAUAAACAGACACAAACAAAACCUAAAGAGCCUUCAUUGCGAAUGGUACCAUCUGAAAUAAUGGGUUCCCAUGGAAAAGGAAAGAAGGAAGAUCCUUCAUCUAGAGUAAUGCAAAAUUAUGAUUCCUCUCCAUUUAGUUCCAUGCUGCGGAAUGAUUUUGCAGUGGCCUCUGGGGAGAAAGUAUGCGACUCAGCAAGUUGUAGAUCAGUGUCUGACCUCAUUAACUACUUUCUUUCACCAGAAAUGCUGUCGGGUGAUAACAGAUAUUACUGUAAUAGAUGUACCUCAUUACAGGAAGCAGAAAAAGUGGUAGAAUUAACUGGGAAUCCACAUUAUCUUAUCUUGACUUUAUUACGAUUCUCCUUUGAUCUUGUAACUAUGAAGCGCAGAAAGAUACUGGAUAAUGUAUCUGUUCCUUUAGUCCUUAAACUACCCAUUAGGAUUGACUCAAAGGAUGAACACACAAUUCAUGGUAAAAAUCAACAAUGUGAACUGGGAAACUGGAAACCUUUUGCAGAGGAUACUACAUAUUUGUCAAUUAUAUAUGACCUCUGUUCUGUAGUGGUGCACUCUGGGAUAUCUUCUGAAAGUGGACAUUACUAUUGCUAUGCAAGAGAAUGUGUGGAUGCUAACUCUGUAAUUGGCCCAAGUGAAAUUUUGGAUGCUGAGGGUAGAGCUGAUGAAAAAUGGUAUUUGUAUAAUGACACCAGAGUUUCAUUUUCAUCAUUUGAAUCCAUCAGCAAUGUUACAAAUUACUUUCCCAAAGACACUGCUUAUGUGUUGUUCUACAGACAGCGAUUAACAAGACAGUCUUGCUCUGAUGGUGAACCUGUUUCAGCUAAUGUGGGACUGUAUGGAGAAGCAGGAUUAAACAAAGAGUUGAUAGAAGCCAUCUCCAGGGACAACAUUCAAUAUUUACAGGAAGAAGAAAAGGAAGCAAGGAAAAGAGCUGACUGUAUAACACCUGUUACUAUGCCAUCAUGGUGGAGACGUUUUGAUGAUGAUGAAAAUGGUGGUUCUUCUGGAAGUUGUGGCCCAGCUGCUGGAGGAGGAAGUGAUUUGGGGUCAUUUGGACGUUUGAUUUUCUAAGUGUGAUUAAGGCCUUCAUCCUCUUUACCUCAGAUACAUUAUUUACUUUGUGGUGGUUGCACAACAAUCUUUUCGGGGGGUUCAAUGGGGAUUUGCCUUUAUGGUUGCUCAAGUACAGUAUAUUUGCCUACUACUUGGUAAAUUUUUGGAUUAUGGGAUUGUUGAGGAAGCAGCAAUUGACAUUUUUGUCCAAUUGCUCUUUAAAAAUACAAAAUGCAUUUAAACAAUGGAGUAUAAUAAAAUUCAACAUGUUUGGUAAAUGCCGGCUUUCACUUCCAAUAUAAUGUAUUUUUCUUUGGAAAACAUUACAUAUCUACUCUGGGGAUUUGAGGUAUUCAUAAAUUACCCAAUUCAUGAAGGUAGCUAUAGGCUUUUGCAUUUUACUACUGUACAAAAAUUUCUUUGAAUUUUUUCCUUGCAUCAAUUGGCUUUAAAGAUGGUACCAAUUGUUUGGAUUCUUGGGGUCAGUGAUAGACUGUUAAUCUGCUUUAGGAUACUUGUAAAGAACUAUGGAUUCUAAUAUUGCACUUGGCAGCCUGUCUGGCAUAGAGCAACAAUCUGCCCACAGUACUCACCCAUGCCUCUCUCUCAUCAUCACUAACUUCGUGCAGACACUUGGAACUUGAAAUGAAGCCAACUACUCUCAUUGUGGGGGGGGGGGGGGGGGGGGUGGGUGCAGGGGAAUCAAAGACUAUGGUAAUACGCAAUCUUGUGUCUGUCAUAUUUGGCUUUUCACCAUGAAGUGGUAGUCCUUUUGUAUGGCAGGUAAAGUGUCCAACUAUUUGCCUAGAAGUAUUAAUUUUUGCACUUGAGAUUGUUUAGCUUUUGUACAAUUAUAUUGCUUAAAUUUUAAUUUAUUCCAGUUACUAGCAAUUUUCAGGAGACUUUCCUGAUUAAAUUCUGUUUCAUGUGCUGCUGUUCUUUUCUAUAUCCUAAAAAGUUGCAUCUUAUAGGACCUUUUAUAAAUGGUCUCUAAGUACUAAUAUCCAUGCUGAAUUUUGAACAGUGCAAUAUUUCUUAAACUUAGUAAAUAUUGAUGAUCAGAUGAGAGAUUUUGCUGGCAAAAAUGGAAAGCUGGGGUAGUUAAUUUCUGUUGACUUUUGUCCCUUGCAUACAAAAUGGAAUUUUCUCAUUUGAUUCCUACUUGUAGUACUUUACAUCAGUGUCAAUGGAGAUUAUUAAAAUCAGAGAAGCAUCUUCCCUGUUCUUGGGUCUGGAAUGAAGAUUGGCCUGACUGAUGAAAGAUGGGCAAGAAAUCUUUCUACAAAAAACAAACUUGUAUGAAAUCAUGGAGUUGGAUAUGGACAUGGCAAAAGAGAAUCUCUUCUUGGUCAGAGAAGUGCAUCUUUAUCUGAAUUUUGCAUGACUGAGUAUUUUUAAAAAUGUGUGGGCUUGGGCUGGAGGAAGGGUUAUGGGUGGGGAAAAUUCUUGAUUGAGUUAAACCUUUGUUUGAAUUUUUACCUCAAACCAAUAUGGACAAAUUCUGUUAUCAGCUCACUGCAAUUUGCCUAAAUAAUGAAAAGUGAUCAUACUUUGUUCACUUUCACAAUACAAAGCCCAAUAAGUAACUCAAAUCAACAAUCAGUGGCUACAAGCUUGGCCCAUGUACAAAGAAAAAAAGAUAUUUGGUGCUGUUCAAAUGUAGUUAAGGAGGUAUAAUCAAUGGAAUCUUAUAGAAAGUCAUGUAGGUAAGAAUGAUUUGAGUCUAUAAACUCCUAACUUGUGUUCUUAUUGUGCCAGUUUUUAAAAUUAAUCACUUAUUCUGUAUACUAAUCAAAAUGUAGAAAUGCAGUUGCACAACUUGAUUACAACAAGCACAGCAAUAGGUUGAGCAUGGUUAGGACAAUUUUGAAUUUAAGGUUGGAUUUUGCUAUUCAAGUACAGAAAGAAAAGUAAUGCUGAGAAUUGUUAAGUAAAUUGAAUAAAGUUUCUGAAGCAGAGGCUUCUCCAAAUAGCUGAUUCCUGAAAGAUUAGAAUUUUGAAUUACUGGUCACUGUACAUUAUGUUGAGGUUCCUUUUUAGUGUGGAAACAUAAAGUUGAUGUAGCAGAUCCAGUAUUUUGGUUAUUGCUGUAUGUACUAGAAAUCAUUUGAGCUUUCCAAUGUAUGAACUCUACCUUUUGAACAUCAUUAGAUACUACCAACAGCUCAGACUUGAGUUAAGCUUGCCAUCUCUAGAACCUUUCUGUAAUUUAUCUACAAGAUCUUGCAAAUUAUUUUGCUCUUAUUUUCAAAACUAAUAACUAGUUGGUCUCGAGGCACUAAGUGAUUUUUUAAAAAUUAUUAUUGUGAUCUGAUUUGAUCAUUACAAUUCGAUUGGAGUUUCCCUUUGAAUAGCUGCACAAGGUUUACUUGAGAACUGCAGUUGAAUCCUCGAGGUGACAAAAUCUUAAUGUUUCAACUUUAUCAUAGUUAUAGGACUGUCUUUUCCCAUCGAAAUUUAAGUCUCAAAUUUUGCAUGUAUUUUAUGGCUGGGGCAUACAAUAGGGUAAUUUUGAGCUAUUUAUUUUAAAUAGAACAACUGAAAUUUGUAAUUUUGCCCUUUUUCUGUCAUGGAUUGCAAGUUGGUUUAUAGAAAAUGCUAAUUUGAACAACUUGCAUUUGUCUUCUAAAUCAGGUUUGCAAUAGAACAAUUCUAUUCUUUAUUUACAUUGGAUUCUGCACUUUGCCACUGAGCAACUGACUAGAGAAAGCCUACUCUUUUUUUUUGUAUUGCGUUUUAAGAUCUAAUCAACAUUUUCAACUAAACUAUUUAUAAGCCAUCACUUGAGUCAAUACAGGCAACCCCCAAGUUACGGCUGUUUGAGUAAUUAACGAAUCACCACCAAAAACAUUUGAGAUGAAAUAAAAUCCACUCUUGCUCCCCCCCCCCCCCCCAAACUGUGCAAGGAGUACAACUUUUCCAACCCUAAUUUCUUGACAUGUGCACUGAUGACACAGUAUUGUAUUUCAGAAAAACUGCAAUGAGGAAUGUUUUGUAGGAAUGCAACCUUGCCUGGCCACAGCCCCCACCCCACACACUGUAACGUGUGGGUUGCCUGUAUUAAUGUUGUAAAGAAGACUUUUUUUGCUAAUAAGUAAUUUUCAAAAGUAGCAUUAGCUUAUAAAGUGAGUGCCAUGUUUUAUUUACAACAAAAGUAACUUUCUUUGCAUCCACAUUUUUCUAUUAUGUGCAAAUGAAGUUGGCCAUCAAAACAUUGCUAUCUGAGUUGCAUUUAUUUUCAAUCAGUUAUCAACCUGUCCAGAAUAAUUCAAACUAAAAUCAUGGUGUAUUUAUUCAGCAGUGCUAAUUAUCAUUGUGUGAGUAAUAGAUAUCUACAAAAAACUACA